CAACAGUAAUAUAGUUACAAUUAGUAGUAAUAAUGUAGUUACAAUUAGUAGUAACAAUAUAGUUACAAAUAGUGAUAAUAAUAUAAUUACAAUUAGCAGUAAUAAUAUAGUUACAAUUAGUAGUAACAAUAUAGUUACAAUUAGUAGCAGCAACAUAGUUACAAUUAGCAAUAACAAAAUUAUAGUUAGAGAUGAUAUUAUAGUUAGAAAAGAUAUUGUUAUA